ACACACACACACAUAUAAUGAUGUUGAAAUCUAAUUCAUUCAGGCUCCUGUAAUGCAAGUAUGAAAAGGAUAAACCCAGAGGAAUUCUACAAUCUCUGAAUUUUAUUUUUUUUAUCUACCCUUUUUGUCUUCCCUUGUAUUUUUACCCUUUAACCCUCUCUUCUAAAAUCACUUUGCUUUCCUUUUCUUGCGCUUCAAGUUGGAAGGAGAACUGCUUUAUUUGGAUUCUGUAAGUAUAUAAAGAGCAUAAAUUUCACACAAGAAUUUCUACUCUGCAAUGUAGGUCUCUCUGCAGUGGUGACAGACAAGUGAGGAGUCAAAUGGGUCAUCGUCAACUUAUAUGUUUCUGGAUCUUAGUUUCUGCAAUUCCAAUAUGUCAGUCAUGGGGCUGGUUUUCUUCUUCAUCUUCUACAGACAGUGACUCUAGCAACAAAGCUUCACAGACUGAAGUUUCUUGUUAUGGUUCCAUGGCAGAAUUCUCCAUGGAAAGUAUGAAUGAUCCUAAGGGGAUCAAGCUGCUGGAAAAUGCUCAGAGAAGAUUGGUUGGUUCAAAUUCUUGCUGGCAAAAUGCUUACAGGCAUCUCUUUGCUGGAUGCUCAGACAUUGUUGCUGCUGAGGAGAAGCGAUCCCGGUUUGCUUGGCACCUCAGUGAUUGCUUCCAGAAAGAUUCUGGUCGGUCUUCUUUCCCUUCCUGCAAUGCAAAUUCUGCCAUGGUUAAUUGUCUGAAAAAGCUAGAUAACCAUGAGCAUAAGGUCUAUCUUGAAUUCUUACUUGAAACCAAUACGAUCUGCUAUCAGUUACAGAGCCAUGCAUUCAAACACGAAACAGAGAGACUGGUUAAUGAACUUAAGAAAUCAGCACAAUAUACAGAGAGCAAAUUAGAAAACUUAGACAAGAAAUCAGAUAUUUUAUUGCAGAGUUCGAACCAGAUUCACGAUUCAUUGAAUUCAGUCGAUAUUCGGAUCCAAAACGUAGUUCAAACAACUCGGGACUUGGGGGAAGAUAUGGAUGGCUUAACGCAGCACACAAAGGUGGUUUAUCAGCAGGCUAGGGAUAUUGCAGCUUCCCAAUUGGAGCUGAGACAAGAACAGAUGAACAUGAAUGGAAAGUUGAAUGAAGGCAUGAACAUGCUUCAUGAUGCCUACAGAAAUCUUGGGGAAGGAAUAGAUUACCUGAGAAAUGAGACUAUUGAAAUAGAAAAUGAGAUAGACAAACUCGGGGGAGUAGUGUCUUCGAAGAUGAGUGAUCUGCAGAAAACUGCUGAUGAUAUCGAGAAUAUUACUGGGAUUUCUCUUGGAAGGCAACAAGAACUGCUUGAUGGACAAUCCACCGCACUUGAUGGUCUUCGGUUUCUGACUGAAUUUCAAUCUAAUGCACUAGAAGAGAGCAGGAAUACACUACAAGAGUUGGCAGAAUAUGGUCGAAGACAACAGGAAGAGCUCCUCAAGCGACAAGAACAGCUUCAACAAGUCCAUGAUCGUUUAGUCGAGAAUUCAAAAACCAUAUUAGAAACGCAGGAAGCUUUUGAAGCAAAACAAGCAAGCAUGUUCGUUCUUCUGGACAAGCUAUUUGUCUUGCAUAAUGCAAUGCUGCUCGAGUCACGAGUAAUUAAAGCUUUCUUCAUCUACUCUAUUUCAAUCUUCAUCAUCUACAUGUUCACUAGCACGAAGCAAACAUAUAUAGUAAGACCUAAGCUAUAUAUAGGGCUGUCUGCUACAUUCUUCAUAGAAGUUGCAAUCCUUCGGUUCACCACAACAGAUAUUGAACAACAAACAUUGAUAAUAAAUAGUGUCAGGUCACUUUCCGCGGUUCUUGCUUCAAUUCAGCUUCUUCACGCCAUUAUUACAUAUAGGGACUAUGAAGUUUUGAACCAUAAGAUCUUACUGACCUUAGUGGAGAAGAUCAAUGACAUGCAAAACGAAGACGAGGACACAGAUAGCGAUUUCAAUUGGUCCUCCUGGAUCGAUGCUGAUUUACCGGACGACAUUGAUAAUCUUGAAGACCCUGAUUAUAAAUUUCCAGAAGAAGCUGGAGAAAACUCCGUGACAGUCUUUUCAGAUACAAAAAGAUAUAAUCUCCGACAUCGCGGUGCUUGAGAGCUUUGUUAAAUAGAAAGCUUCUGUAGAAAAAUUUAUUAGUAGAACAAAGUAUAUAACUAACUAAUUGUUUUCUUUUACCAAUAAAUUCUAUUCAUGUAUCAAUAUUUUGAUAAGAUCAUACCUGAG